AGCAGGUCAUCAUCAACUACAUAGGGUUAGUGCCCAGCAAGUUCUACAAGAUAUUCACUGACGAUGACAGGUCGAGCUUCGUCUCGCACGUGCUCUACUCUGUGGGGCUCAUCCUGGCCGAGGCUUUUGUUCUGAGCACCAAGUUGUAUGUAGCGUCAGUUUUGUAUAUAACAUGGCGCUCCAACAUUAGCACCGCCCUACACGAUCUCUACUUCUCAGAUAUAUUGUACUACAAACUGAACGUCGUUGAUAAAAGUAUAGACAAUCCGGACCAAAGAAUUACCCAGGAUGUUGACCAGAUGUGCAACACGUUUAGUAAAGUUCUGGUGCCCAUCAUCAUCACACCAUUCACCACAGGCUACUACAUGUACUAUAGCUGGCAGGUCACCCAGUACAUUGGCCCAGUCAGCACUGUGGUGUUCUUCAUCAUUUUUACAGUCAUCAACAAACUUCUCAUGUCUCCUGUGGUCAGAUAUUUUUAUUUACAACAGAAAAGGGAGGGUGACUUCAGAUUUCAUCACAUGCAAAUCCGAACCAACUCUGAAUCAGCAGCUUUCUACAGAGCAGGGAACUUGGAGAAAUCUAAAGCCAACAUGAAGCUUCAGUCUUUGCUUUCAACUCAGAAUAAGCUUAUACGUUGGGAGUAUGUGCUCAAUUGUAGCAUCAACACAGCUGAUUAUUUGGGUGGCAUUUUGAGCUACAUUGCCAUAGCCUUCUCUAUAUUUGGUGGUCAGUAUAAGGACCUUUCACCUGGGGACCUGACUGCGCUCAUUAGUCAGAAUGGGUUUUAUUCCAUUUAUCUAAUCAACUGUUUCACCAAGCUCAUUGACCAGUCUGUCCAAGUCACAGAUGUCGCUGGUGCUGCUCACAGAAUAAGUCAACUUUUUGAAGAACUUGGUAGACUGAAGGCUGACACAAAAGAUGAAAACAACUAUUACAUUCCAGCUGUGGAGAGGCCGCCAAAUGUUGAUUCCAGGCCUCUACAGUCCAGUGGCUCAACAGCUUUUAAAGUACAAGAUGUCACUUAUGGUUUACCAAAGUCUUCCAAAGUUUUGUGUAAAAACUUGACAUUCCAGCUGUCAGCAGGUACCUCUGUCCUGGUCACCGGGGACAGUGGCUGUGGCAAGACCUCGCUACUCAGAGUCCUCAGUGGAUUAUGGAAAUCUUCCUCGGGUGAUAUUGACAAAAAUGUGAAUCUGGGCCCAACAGGGUUGCUGUACUUGCCCCAGAAACCUUAUUUAACAGAUGGAACAUUGCGGGAGCAGGUAAUUUAUCCAUUACAAGAAUCUGAAACACUUCCAGAUGAUACAAAAAUUCUAUAUUACCUUGACCUUGUGGGGCUUAAAGGACUUGUUGAGAGACUUGGAGGGUUGAGUAUCAAUGCAGAUUGGAACUGGUAUGAUGAAAUGUCCCCAGGGGAGAUGCAGAGGCUUUCUUUUGUUCGGCUUUUUUUCCAUAAGCCUCCCUAUGCAAUACUGGACGAAGCUACGAGUCAGGUCAGCCAGGAGAUGGAGAGCCUGCUGUACAGCACCUGCAGGAAGCUGGGCAUCACCUACAUGAGCAUAGGUCAUAGGUCAACCAUCAGGCCCUAUCAUGAGAUGGAGCUGCACCUGACGGGGGACGGAGGCUGGGCUCUUAGUUCUAUAGGCAGCAACAUCAACUCGGAUUAUAAUUAGUCCUGUAGGUUAACAUUGCGGCUUUUAUUAAUAUGUUAAUUUAAUUUAUAUCUCAUUUAAAGUGAAUUAUAUUUUUUAAAAUUACAUUGAAUAAUAAUAGAAUAAUAAUUUCAAUUUUAGCAUCAACUUCAGCUUUUGAAAUUCAUAGUUCCAAAUAGUUUUGUCAUUACAGAUGAAUACUGAAGAAACAGUAUUAAAAACAAUCAUAAAUUGUUUACUUUAAUGUUUGUGUUCUUGGAAAAGACCUUUAGCACAGCAUUAAAAAUACUUAUUUUAUCGAUAUUGAAUAGAAAUCAUAUUUAAGACAUCUACUCUCAGGUAAUGCACAAAGCAUUGUUAUAUUUAUUUAUUCACAAAUCGUGUUCCAAUUACCUUCGAAUAACAAGUUAGUUACUAUGAUUCCAUGAUAUGUCAACACAUUCUGAUUGAAAAUGUUUUAUUCUAAUGUUGCUGUUUAAUCCCAUGUUAUUGUGAAAAUUGCAUUUUAAACGAGUACGUUUGUAGUUUUAAUGAACAUUGUUUUAAAUUGCAUUUUAAACUUAUGUGAGUUUGUAGUUAUAAUGAGCAUUGUUUUAAAUAUGAACUUUAAGAACCAUUUUUAAAAAUCAAUUUUAUAGACCAAAGUGUUUUUAUGUGGCAUUAUAUCUGUCUUUUAUCUUACUUCUAGAAACAUUUUUUGUUGGUAAUUUUUAGUUCACAAAUAAAUAGAAAAGGUGGAAAAUGUUAUUUUCAAUUUUCAGUUAUUUUUUAAAACCACUUUAAACAUCCUCAGAUAUUUUUCAACCUACUGCCAUUAUUUAAAAAAAAAAUAUUUUAUUUAAAAAAACGCAAACCAGUGUUCACUAUCUGUUAAUGAACCUAAUUAGAUCUUAUUGUAAUAAAAGGUUGUGAGGUCUUGCUCACUCCAGUCUUGUGGAAGUUGCCCUGUGCUCGCACCUCCACCCUGCUAUUGUAUGUAGGCCUAAUCACUGCCUUAUUUAGAAGCUUGUAUCAUACACUGAACAUUAAAGUAGAUAAACAAAGUAGCUAUUGAUAGAAAAAAAACAUGUUUAAAAUGUAUUUGCUAUAAAAUAUGUAUAUACAUAUAUGUAAUGAAUAUGGAUAGCAAUAUUUUAUAUUGAGAUUCCCAAAUAUUGAAAAUAAUAUUCCUUUCAAAUAUAUAUUUUUUGUAAACAAAAUUAGCUUUUUGUGUGCUUAAACUUAAAACAAUUAAAUUGAAAUUUGAUUAUUUUAUUAAAUGUUUUUCAUUUUUGAGUUAUCAUUAUUGUGACUAUUUUAUUAUUUUGUUUUGUACACUGUUAUAAAUCUGUUAUUUUAAUUGGUAUCGUUUUUUAUUGACUGAAUUUCUGUAUCUUAUGUUAUUGGAUUGAAAAUUGCUAGCAGCCUUUAUUUUAAUAGCAUUUUUUAAAGCUAAUAUUUAAACUUUUUUUGUGAUAAAUACUCUUUCAUAUUUUUUCUAGCAUUUUUUUCAUACUUGAAGUAAAAUGAUUUAUUUAGAUUUUAUACUGAACUUAUAAAUAAUUGAUUUCUUAAAAUAAUUCUAAAUUAAAAUUACAGGAAAAUAAUAAAGUGUCUAUAUCUGUUUACAGUUAGUUAAAAAUUAAAUAAUAUUCUAGCUUAAAAUGAUGUAUUUUACAACUUAUCAUUUUAUUAGUUCUUCCUAAAGUUUGUGUUCUAUCAAUAAUUCAAUUUUAAAAAAUUCUCUUGUGCCUUAAAUGUAACAACAUAUCUUUGUACCUGUUGACUAAUUAAAGUAUUCUUAUGAUAGUAUUAUCUUUAAGGAUCUCAAUUGAUGAGGUCCAUUAUAAAUUUUUAAGCUAACAAGAACUAAUUGACAUUGUUUUUAAACUACACCAUAUUUAGUGUAAUAUUUUGAAAAAUUAAUUUUUAUCAAACAUGAAAAUUGAUAAAAAGAUUUUUAGUUGUUUUUUUUUCAUGUAUUUUUCAAUAUUGAAUUUUUAGCAAAUAAAAGUCAUAAUUUAUUGACUUUAAAGUCAUAAUGUACCACUAAAAUUUUGUGUUUUUGGAAUUCAAAACCACGAAGAAAAUUUUAGUAAACUACAUAUAUAAAGAUAGGAAUUGAUUGAAAGCUAAUUAUGUGUUUAAACAUUUUAACAAUCCAACUAGUGUAUUUGAAUAAAUGAAAAAUAUUUUAAUAUAUCAUUUUCACCUUAACUCUUGUAUUGAUAUAUUAUUUUUCAAUGUUUUGAUAUUAUUGUUUAAUUAAAAAUGGGGAUGCAUUUGUAUCAAUAGCAUGUAUGCACAUAGAAUCAUAGAAUCCUGUAGGUUGGUGUACAUCCAGGGUACGACUGAGGAAGUAUUAAAAUAAAAUGCAAUUGUAUUUUCUAAAUUUUAUUAUAUGAUCAGCUUGGGCUUGAAACUUUCUUAUACUUGCUAUUACAUUAAAAAAAAAAGCAAUUGCAAAGACAUUUUAAAUAUUCAUUCAGUUUGUAUUGUAUGAAGUGUUUAUACUUACUUUUUAAAAUUUUUAUCAAUUAAAUUAUAAGGCUUUGUUUAUUUUUCUUAAAAGUAUACAUUUUCUCCUCAUUUUCAUUAUUUAGACUCCAUUUAUUUAAAAUACUUUUGGCUGUAGUGUUAGUUCUCGCUAACUUCACUGUGGGGGAAGAUUUGUUUUCUUGUUUGAAAGUGGUAUACUUUAAUUUAUGCUACCCAGAAUACUCUAGUUGACUGUUUGUUUGUGGGUUGUGUGAUGUGGUUGACGCACGAGAAUAUAACAUUUAAAAUAUCGACUGGAACAGAAAUACAGAUUUGAUAAUUUGCAGUAGUUUUAGAGAGGAGUGGAUGAAGAGCAAAGCUGAGCUUAAUUCUGGGUGGUGUGUAAAAAUAUACAGACAUGUUAAAAAAUGAGGCUAAACGUGAUGUCAAUUAUCGCUGACACUUUAUCAUACAUGUCAGUGGGGGUCUGUUGGCCCACAAUUGUUGUAACACUGCAAUAUAACAUCUUAUUUUCAGAACCAAACCUGAUGUUAGUUAAAAACUGACAGUGGGUGACUUUUUUUUUACCAUGUAGUUAUUAUAAAAUACAUAUUUUCAUUAUUAUAUGUUUUGAAUAUUGAAAUGUAAUGGAGUGAAGAGUGUAUUGAGUUAAUUUUAUUGAGGAAAUAAAUGUUAACGACUUU